UUCAUUAUAUUCAUUUCUCAACUGGUAGCCUACUUAUUCUGAUUCAGUCCCAAACAAUUUUUCCAAGGAUUAGUCUAGAUAGAUAAAAAUAAUACUAUAGGCUAAUCCUUUGUUUAUUUCGAUGGACUGAAAGUAUCUCCAUAUAUAUCUUCCUAUAAAUAAAGAGGAAAGAACCCUCAGCAUUAACAUAAACUCUUGUCCAAGCCAAGAAACUAAGAGAGAAUGGCGAGCAACAGAAUGUACUGCAGGUGGUGCCGGAUGGUAUAUGCGGUGCCACUCAACGCGCAGAGCCACACCUGUCCUAGCUGCUGCGCCUAUGCAGCAGAUGGUAGGGUGUAUCAAAGCAAUGCACCACCACAGCAGCUGAGUCCCCCCUCUCAUGCUUAUGGACGCAAACGAGCCUUGCUGUGUGGCAUCACCUACAAGGGGCAUAGACAGAGCCUUCGGGGCAGUGUCAACGACAUCAUGUCCAUGAAGAGACUUCUGCUCCAGAAGUUCCGCUUUCCCCUCUCCAGCAUCCUCGUCCUAACAGAGGAGGAAGAGGACUACAGGCGUGUACCGACAAAGAGAAACAUCCGUAGGGCGCUGGGGUGGCUGGUUGAAGGCAGCCGGGCAGGGGACUCGCUGGUGUUCCACUACUCGGGGCAUGGGUCGCAGGUGAGGGACCGCGAUGGGGACGAGGUGGAUGGAUAUGACGAGUCCCUAAUGCCGGUUGACUACGAGACAGAGGGAAGGAUACUGGAUGAUGAACUGAAUGCGAUAAUUGUUAGGCCGUUGCCGAGAGGGGCAACCCUUCAUGCCAUCGUCGACACUUGCUCUAGUGGCACCUUUUUAGAUCUCACAAAUGUUUGCAGAGUCAAUAGGCAAGCGUACUACAAGUGGGAGGAUCAUCGCCCCCCGAAUGGCGCCUACAAAGGCACCAGCGGGGGCUUGGCCAUCUCUAUCAGCGCAUGCGAUGAUCAUCAGAGCUCCGGAGAUACCACUGCUUUCACUGGCAUUGCAAUGGGGGCACUUACUUACAGCUUUGUCCAGACAUUGGAUCAAGCCAAGAGUGUGAGUUAUGGGCAUCUGAUGCUUGCCCUGCGCAACAGAAUAGGGGCAGUACAACAGGCUCUUGGUCUCAACAGAUAUGACUACAAACCAAUACAGGUACGGAACCUCAACUGUCUUCUUCUCACAAGUUUGAGAUUCACUCGAAGACUUUUACUAUAUAGAGAUGGAUGGGCUGCAGAUAAAGAACUAAAUAAGUAAUGAAUUUACUACAAAGUGAUGUAAAAGUGUAUAAAUAUUCCUGUAUUUGACUCACAAAACUGCUAUGUGCCCUAUAUUAGUAAUUUGCACUAUAACUAUUCUCAAUAUCUAUAUUAUUAUAAAAUCAUUCAGUCUGUA